GGUAAAUGGUAGGGAAUUGAAGAAUGCAGGUGAACAGAGGGAUCUGGGAAUAACUGCACAGUUCCCUGAAAGUGGAAUCUCGUGUAGAUAGGGUGGUAAAGAAAGCCUUUGGUGUGCUGGCCUUUAUAAAUCAGAGCAUUGAGUAUAGAAGUUGGGAUGUAAUGUUAAAAUUGUACAAGGCAUUGGUGAGGCCAAUUCUGGAGUAUGGGGUACAAUUUUGGUCACCUAAUUAUAGGAAGGAUGUCAACAAAAUAGAGAGAGUACAGAGGAGAUUUACUAAAAUGUUGCCUGGGUUUCAGCAACUAAGUUACAGAGAAAGGUUGAACAAGUUAGGGCUUUAUUCUUUGGAGCGCAGAAGGUUAAGGGGGGACUUGAUAGAGGUCUUUAAAAUGAUGAGAGGGAUAGACAGAGUUGACGUGGAUAAGCUUUUCCCACUGAGAGGAGGGAAGAUGCAAACAAGGGGACAUGACUUGAGAAUUAAGGGAGAAGUUUAGGGGUAACAUGAGGGGGAACUUCUUUACUCAGAGAGUGGUGGCUGUGUGGAAUGAGCUUCCAGUGAGGGUGGUGGAGGCAGGUUCGUUUUUAUCAUUUAAAAAUAAAUUGGAUAGUUAUAUGGACGAGAAAGGAAUGGAGGGUUAUGGUCUGAGCGCAGGUAUAUGCUACUAGGGGAGAAUAUGUGUUCGGCACGGACUGGCCUGUUUCCGUGCUGUAAAUUGUUAUAUGUUAUAUGUUGUUAUAUGGUAAAUCUUAGAGAAAUAGAAAUCCACGUGGGGGAAAUGAUUCUGGAGAGUGUGAAAUGCAGGAACAUUUCAGUACAGGUAUAAUGGGAUUCCUUUGGAGAAUAAUGCAGCAGAGAAUACAGAAUUUUCCCUAAUUUUCCAGUGUAUCUUUUUCCUUUUACAGAUAAAAGUGUUACCCAAUGAAUUAUGUAAUUUGACAAAUAUAAAAGAACUGGACAUAUCAAACAAUGCGCUGAAAACCCUUCCAACCAAGAUUGGAGAAAUGAAGAAUAUGGAAAAGCUUAUAGCAGCAUAUAAUAAGAUAAAUCAUCUCCCCAAAUCCCUGACAGAACUUAGCAAACUCAAAUGCAUUAACAUGAGAGGAAAUAAAUUAACCUCACUACCAACUGAUUUUGGACAGCUGCAUGCUCUGGAAGAGAUAGAUCUGAAGGAAAACCCACUAGUAAGACCUCCAAUGCUGGUUUGUGAUGGGGGAAAAUACAUUGAAAUAGAGCAGUAUUUGAAAUAUGCAUAUGCCAGAGACAAAAGGUUUAUGGACAAUGUGUUACUAUUAGUACCCAAAAGCAUCCCUGCUGAUGACUUUGACCAUUUCUGUAAAAAGCUUCACCUACCUACUGCUGAAAUUAAUUCACUUGGAAAAUUAAGGAUACCACUCGAGGAAAAGGUAAAUUCAGCUCUGACAUGGUGGCAAACUCAUCGUGUGGCUGACCGAGAACCUGCUGAGGCAACAGAAGAGUUAAUCCGAACACUAGAUAGAGCAGACUUGUACAAUCUAGCUUCUAAAAUCAGAUCCUUAAGAACUUGUACACAAGCGAUAAAAUUAUAAAACCUGUUCUAGAUAGAAUGAUUCUAUUAUGGCAUAAACAAUACAAUUUUUGUUUAGUUUAUAAAAGAUUUCUGCAAAAAGUUAGUAAAAAUUAAGUCAUUCGACCUGGCGGAUCAGUCUAUUGUGAAAAUUAUACCACAUUUGAAACUAAUCUUUUGUAAAAAGUUUUAUUACGUGUUUCUUGGCUAUAAUGAUUUUGAGUCUGAAGUUUCCCUGCAUUUAUGUUAAUACAUGAAAAAUGAACAACAGAUUUCAGAAUGCAUAGAUUCAGAGUUUAUC